UAUUUCGCUGAAAAGAGAUUGCAGUCUGCCACUAAACAAUAAAGGCAAUUAGCUCCAAAUUAAUUAUUGGUUUGACUACAAACUACGAUGAAUGGUCGCGGGAUGAAAGACUGUCCGGCUGUGUCUGGAUGUGCUUUACUUGGCCUUCUGCUGGUCCUUCUAGUUCUACCACAUCAUUCACAAGGAGCAGUUCCUGAUUUCACCUUUUUCAAUGGAAGACUUUAUGCAACAGAAGGAAAUUCACAUACUAUUGGUGGCUUCAAAAGUGGUAGCGACACUGGAGCAGCAGUCUCCUUUGAGCGUGUCCUAGAUACUGGUAGUGGUAGUAAUCUACCAACUGGAGGAAGUGAGAGCGGUCAUCCAGCCCCUUCAAUCAGUGCCAGACUUUAUAGGAUGCCUGCCUCCAUUGGGGCAGACAGAUUCGGUGCUUACAACUGUAUCUUCAGGUCACAAGACCCUGUAAAGAUAACAACAAUAGUUUUGCGGGAAAACGGUGAUGUAUCUCCAACUUCACCCACCUUGACUACAAGUGCUGGAGAGGAUGUAACGUUGACAAUGACACAGCAAACCGGAUCAACCAAUGAGCUUCGAUGGAGACACAAUGGUGAUGACGUCACUGCAUGGAAUGGCCAAUCAAGCAUCAGUAUCCUUAAUGUCCAACUCCAUCAUACUGGUAUCUAUGAAUGCUACAUAGAAGGCAGACAUCAUCUACAGAACCAUGCACUCAUGAAACUCCUUGUAAGGCAAUGCUCUCCCAAUAAGUUUGGACCAACUUGUGAUAGUUACUGUCCAUUAUGUUAUAAUGGCGGUCAGUGUGAUGACGUGACUGGUGACUGUAUCUGCCCACCAGGAUUCAAUGGCAACUCAUGUCAAACUUUGCAUGGUAAUAACUGCUUUGGUCAAGACUGUGGUUUACGUUGUAGUAGUUCUUCUACAGCUUGCCGUGGCAAUCUACUCUGCCCUAAAGAUCCCUUUGGAUGUACAUGCGCAGCUAGCUUCACAGGCAACAAUUGCCUAGAUGAUUGUCCUGCUGGUUACUUUGGUGCUGGCUGCAAGUUGAAAUGUCACUGCCAAGUAGGCUUGACAUGUAACAAGGCGACUGGUAAUUGUCAAAACAAUGGUGGAGGUUGUGCAACUGGCUUCACUGGAGAAAACUGCCAGGAAUGUCCGGCUGGACUGUUUGGAGGGAAUUGUGACCAACAAUGUCAUUGUUUAAAUGAUGUAGAUUGUCAGAAAGGUAAUGGUGCAUGUCCAGCUGGUGUCAUGUGUCAACCUGGCUUUAGAGGUGAAGAUUGCCAAAACUCUUGUCCGUAUGGCCAGAUUGGUCUUCAACCAAACUGCAUCAUGUGUAAUGUUCCUGUAUCAGUGAUAUAUGAAGUCAGCUCUGAGCAAGACUCAAGCAGAACCAUUACAUGGACGAAAGCUCCUCAAAACAAGUGUCCUGUUAUCGACUUUGCGAUACAGUAUCAACUGGUUAUGAGAGAUCUUUGCCAAGAGGAGGCUGGUGAGUUUCAAACUCUACACAACACAACUGAGAGACAGUCUCCUUUUCCAUAUUCUGAUUCAUCUUUAGAGUCCAAUUCAAUCUACAAGGUUCGUGUUCUUGCCAGGAAUGAGGCAGGACUUGGGGAAUUUCAGGAGAGCAUUUAUAUCGAACAUACCACACCUGAGAAGGAGCCAACUGGACCUCCAACAGAAUUCAAGACUACUUCAACAGCGAAGCAUAGUGUGGCAUUGAGCUGGAGUGAAAUACCGUGUGGUCAAAGAAAUGGUUUGAUAACCAAAUACAGACUCUCAUACAGGGUGCUGGAAAAACCUUAUGACACCAACUUUAGUCCAAACAGCUCAUUUCAGUCGGUUGAUAUAGAACCAUCAGAUAUGCACAGCAACAUCAGUGGUUUAGAACCAUCAACAAAAUAUGAUUUCCGACUACAAGGUUUCAACAGUGCUGGUGUUGGAGAUAAAGCAACAUUAGAGGCAUUUACUGAAGUUCAGACAGAUCUUCCUGCUCCAACUCAGCUUUCCCAAAAAGAUAUCUCAGAUUUGACUUCUUCCACAGUCACUAUUGCUUUGAAUCUUCCACCCUCGUCGGAGUACAUUACAGGCAUGCAAGUUGGUGUACAGCAGGUUAAGACAGUCAAUAGAAGGGACACCAGGGGAUCAAGGUACCAACGAUCCACUGUACCAACUCUUGAUUAUGUAGCUGCAGAAUUACCUAAGAAGGACCUUCCUGCAACAUUCACUGUGGGUGACGGAGAAACAGAGGGAAACAAACCCCUGGAAAGCAACACUCAGUAUGACAUCUAUCUGGGAUCAGUCAGUAGGAUUUCUCAAUCGACUUUUGCCGUUAAAUGGAGUAAGCCGCUCAGAGUUCAAGUACCGAAACGUGCAGUGCCACAAAGUGCAAGCCCAUCGGUAGCUGCUGUUGUGGUUCCAUUGGUGUUGAUUGUCCUGAUUGGUAUUGGGGUUGCUGUGGUCGUCAUAAUAAGGUAA